UAUACAUGUCUCGCACGCAAGUUAGCUCACCUUCUGUACUGUUUGACGGGGUGAUCAAAUCAAAAAUACACAGCUGUCAAGUCGACAGUUGUCAUGGUGACAAUCUGCGUCCAAAAUGGCGUCCUUGCUGGGGGAGCAACUGUUUCAACUUACCUGUCAAGGUCCACCUCCUACAAAAGAUUUCUUCCAACUUGUGAUUACGAAAAAUGAGGUAAUAUGGAGAUCAUGGAAGAUUUCUUUGCAACUUGGUUACCGGGGCGCUCCACCCGAAGAGCUGAAGAGCUCCCAUCAUGAUUUCCUAGAAAGGAAAAUUCUACAGCAAAAUGUUGGUGUUAUCUUUGGGCAGAGGAUCCUGGAAUACACAAUUUCACUUUGUCAAGGAAAGUUUGAUUACCUUGAGCGCUUACCGGAUGACAUUAUGCUCCGAAUCAUGUCCUACCUACAGCUGAAAGAGACAACACUUCUGGCACAAGUUUCACAUAGAUUCAGAAAGCUCUGCAAUUCUGAGAAGUUCUGGGAGCACACUCUGAGGAAUCGCUGUGAUGGGUUUACCAAUGACAUGGAGAACAUAGCCAAUGCCAUGGGCUGGAGGUGGACCUUUUUUACCUAUUUCCACCACAGUGGCAGCAAGUUGCAGCAGUGAAGCAACUGAACAGUUUCAUUACUGUUCUGAAACAUCUGCAAUAAAAUUCCUAA